AUGAUUCCAGACUGGACUCAGCUCCCUCAAGAGCUACUUCACAUCAUCGCCAUGAAUCUGGAGAACUGUUUCGAUGUUGUUCAUGCUCGCUCUGUUUGCUGCUCGUGGCGAUCCUCAUUUCCUUCCCUACUACGCCAAAGUUACACUCUUCCCUCGUUUCCUAUUAAAAACAAAGCCAUGUGCAGCCUCGAGAAGAUCCCUUUGUUCCUCUUUAGAGUCCGACCUCCUAUCGUUGUUGUUACGUCAGAUUCUGAGUAUUCUGAGUAUUUAUUGGGAGGGAUAUGCAGAGAUGAGUCAGAGGAUCGUAUGAAGAUUCUUCCAUCAUCAUCUCCUCUUCAGUGCUCAGUGAAAAUACAAUUUAAAGGAUAUGAGCAAACUUUGAUGAACAUGUUUAGCUGGCAUAUCGUCUCUAUGGGCCAUCGGUACCAAAUUAGUUGUUUGGAUCCUCAAGGAAUGAGAAUAACUUACAGAGUUGUGGCUUUUCUUCAACUAAACAACGAGGUAGGAAGCGGAUUCAUUGUGAUUUGCAACUUCUUGAACACUUUGUUGGUGUUAACAAGUAUUGAAAUGAAGUGGAAGCAAGUUGAGAACAUCCCAGGCUGUCCAUGCUUGAAUUUAGUCUCUUUUAGAGGCAGAUUUUAUGCAUCAUUUGAGCGAGAUAUUUUCGUUAUCGAUCCUUAUUCACUGGAAGCGACUCCACUAAGGCCAUCAGAGCAUCGGGACUUCAGUAAUUGUCUUGUUCCAUGUGGCAGUGAUGAAUUUUUCUUGGUUAGGGAAACUGUCAAUCAUGUUGGACCUGUUGGUAAAUUAGCUAUUAAAGUGAGUAGGUUAGAUGCGGAGGCUGGUAGAUGGGUCGAGGUCAGUGAUUUAGGAGACCGAGUGUUGUUUGUUGAAUGCUUGAUAAAUGUUGCCUGCUUAGCUAAGGAGCUUCCUUAUGGUUGUGGUGUGAGCGGGAACUCGAUUUUGUUCACCACUCGGACAGGUGUAACCUUGUUCUAUAGAUACAUUAGGGGUUGUUGGAGACCUUUGAGAGAGAAUCGUGUGGAGAUCUUGAGAACUAAAUCUCCGGUUUGGCUUUCCUGGUUGAGUGUUAUGACAUAA